AUGGAUUUUUCAAAAUACGAAGAAUGGAUGGGUAAAACUGGUUGGAAAAGAGGAGAUGGUUUAGGUAAAAAUAGAGAUGGUAUAACAAAAGCAAUUCAUAUUGAUAAGAAAAAAAAUACAUUUGGUGUUGGUAGUACAGGAUUUCAACAUGAUAAUAAUUGGUGGGAUAGAGUUUGGGAUAAUAAAAAAAUAGGAUCAGAAGAACAAAAUGAACUUUUUGAAUCAAGAUCAGAUGUAAAUAAUAGUAAAAAAAGUGAUGAUGAUACUGAUAAUGAAAAUGAUAAAGUUAAUAAUAAUAAAAACAAAAACAAUAAUAAUAAUGAUAAUGAUAAUAAUUUAUCAUGUAAAGGUGGAAUUAAAAGUAAAAAUAAUAAAAAAGAUAAAAUUAUGAAUGAAAUUACAAAAGAAGUAAAUAAAAAAGAAGAAGAAAAUAAAACAUUAGUAUUUGGUCAAUUUAAGAAAUCAUCAUUUAUAUUAGAGAGUGAAACUUUAGAAAGUAUUGAAGAAACUGAAAAAAGAAAUAAAGAAGAAGAGACAGAAAGAUUAGAAUCAAUUAAAAGAGAAAAUGAUAAAUUAAAAUCAAAAUUAAAUUUUGAUUCUUCUAAAAGACUUCAAGAAGAAUUUGAAGCAUGUAAAGGUAGAACUCUUAGAAAAUAUGCACCAAUUGGUAAAUUAGAAAGAUUAAAAGCUCAAGAUGAAGGUCGUUAUGAUCCAUCAUUAUUAAAAGGUGAUGGUGGUCAAAAAUAUGAAGAUUUUAAAAGAAAAUUAGUUGAAGAAAAAGAUGAAUUAAGAAAUACUAAAAAACAAAGAUUAGAAAAUGAAAAUGAAAAUAUUAAUUAUAAAGAUAAUGAUCAAAAUGAAAUGGAACAUGUUAAAAAAGAUAAUAAAGAUAAAAAAGAAAAGAAAGAAAAGAAAGAAAAAAAAGAUAAAAAAGAAAAAAGAAAAUCAAAUUCAGAUGACGAUGACAAUGAUGAUGAUGAUGAAAAGAAAGUAAAAAAAGAUAAAAAAGAAAAGAAAAAGAGUAAAUCUUCAAAAGAUAAUGAAGAAAAAGUAGAAAAGAAAGAUAAAAAAGAUAAAAAGGAUAAAAAAGAAAAGAGUGAAUCAUCCUCUAAAGAUGAUAAAAAGAAAGUAAAAAAAGAUAAAAAAGAAAAAAACAAAUCAAAAGAUGAAUAA